AUGGUAAUAAUUCCAAGGAUAGGGUAUCAAUUAGCAGUGAUUGUACUUAGUAAACAAGAAUGCACAAAAAUGAUGAUGAGAAUUAGUGCUAUUAUUAAAAAAAGAGAAGGUUUAGCAAAAACAGUGCACUUUAUGAAAGAAGUUAAAACAAUUUAUGAUCAUCAAUUAGUAAUGUUAUGUAAAAAUAUAUUAUACCAAGUGAAUGGGAAUGAGAAAUUAAAGAAAAUUUUUGCAAUUAAAAUGGCACAAGAGCAAAAAAUUAUUUGGACUGCAAAAUGUUUAGAAGAAUAUAAUUAUAAUAUAGGAAAAGAUAAAAAUAAUUGGAUUAAGAUGGCAAUAAAAAUUUUAAAUGAAGAAGAUAUUUACCUGUGCAAUCAUGAAAUAAGAGAUAAAAUACAAAUCACAUUAUAA